AUGAAUGAUUUGAUGACCAAAUCGUUCUUAAGUUAUGCGGAAUUGAAGAAACAGGCACAGAAGGACCUCGAAGCCGAUCUUGAUGUUGAAGCAGGCCAAGGCCAACUCAACCCGUCAGACCAAGAAAACCUCUCUCAGUUUUUCCAAGAAGUCACACCAAUCAAGAGCGAUAUGGAAGAGAUCACCAAUCUCUUGUAUGAUCUUCAGAGCCUGAAUGAAGAGGCAAAGUCGACCCACAGUGCCAAGAUCCUUCGCGGGCUUAGAGACCGGAUGGAAUCUGAUAUGGUGGCAGUGCUUCGAAAGGCGAGGAUUGUCAAGGCAAGGCUUGAAGCGCUUGAUAAGUCCAAUGUGAUCAGUAGAAAAUUUUCGGAUGCGUAUAAGGAAGGAAGCACUGUUGACCGGACCAGAAUGUCCAUCACUUGUGGCUUGAGAGUCAAGCUUAGGGAUAUGAUGGACAAUUUCCAAUCUUUGAGAGAAAAGAUUGUUGCAGAUCACAAGGAAGAUCUCAAGAGGAGGUACUACAGCGCAAUCGGUGAGUUGCCGUCUGAUGAGAUGAUUGAAAAGAUGAUUUCUGGAAGUUUGAAAGUUGAAUUGUUUGAGGGGAAGACGGAAUUGGAUAUGGGGAACAAAGUUAGACAUGAGGCAGUCAUGGAUAUCCAGAGAAGCCUGAACAAGCUUCAUCAGGUGUUUCUUGACAUGGCUGUUCUGGUUGAGGCACAAGGUGAAGACAUUGACAAUAUUGAAGAGAAUGUGGCCAAUGCAAGUUAUUUUAUCAAUGGAGGGACAAACAGCCUUUACUAUGCCAGCCAGAUGAAGAAGAAGAGUAACAAAUGGGUUUAUUGGGUUUGGGCUGUGGUUCUGAUUAUACUUCUGGUUUGUGUCAUUUCGACGCUGGCUUCUUGA